UCUGAUUAUAGAAACAGCCCUAUCCUCGUGCGAGGAUAGUGGCAUCGAUUUACUCCCAGGUGGCAGACUGUCUGAUCUACAGUAUGCAGACGACAUUGUGAUACUAAGUGAAGAUCCAGGUAAGUUACAAGGUUUUCUGGAAAGUUUGAGUGCUGGUGUAGCCAUGUUCGGUAUGCGUUUUGCACUUUCAAAGUGUAAAAUGUUACUACAAGAUUGGGUUGGUCCAGCACCCAGUCUGGUUCCGACUGGGGAAUUAAUAGAACAGGUGGACAAGUUUUGUUAUUUGGGCAGCUACAUCUCAUCCAGUGGACGUAUCACGGACGAAGUGUCAGCUCGCAUACAGAAAGCUCGGUUGGCAUUUACUCAC